CAAGCAAGAGAAGAAAGAAUAUAAUUAAAUAAAAAAUAAAUAGGCGGUGAGUGUGUUUUAAGAAAGAAAGAAAGAAAAAAAAAAAAGAGACAAAUAUGACGUCCUACAUCCAAGUCGCUGAAGAUGAGGGAGAAGAACCGAUAGAGCUGCCUACUGAAGACGAUAGCACGCUUUUAUUGACCACCCUGUCUGCUCAAUUUCCCGGGACGUGUGGCCUUAAAUAUCGCAAUCCAGAAUCCCGGACGAUGCGUGGUGUACGACUCGUUGAGGGCCGACUUCAUCCACCUGAAAAUGGUUGGGGCAAGGCAGUCUAUUUCUGUGUGUUUCCUAAAGAAAAUAAGCGUAAAUCUGAUGACCAUUUGGAAAAUUCCACAGCUAAGACAAAGAGAAUGGAAACAAAGUUACGUUGUACAGACUUGAUCGUACUGGGCUUACCAUGGAAAACAACCGAGCAGAACUUGAGGGAGUACUUCGAGGCAUUCGGUGAAGUUCUAAUGGCACAAGUAAAGAAGGAUGCAAAAUCUGGUCAAAGCAAAGGAUUUGGAUUCAUACGAUUUGGAAGCUAUGAAUCGCAGUUAAGAUGUCUUGCUCAACGACACAUGAUAGAUGGGAGGUGGUGCGACGUCAAGGUUCCCAAUAGUAAGGAGGGAAUGAUUCAGCAAGUACCCUGCAAGGUAUUCGUGGGACGCUGUACAGAAGACCUAACUGCAGACGAUCUACGCGACUAUUUCUCCAAAUUCGGUGAAGUUACGGACGUGUUCAUCCCAAAACCUUUUCGCGCAUUUUCAUUUGUAACUUUCUUAGACCCAGAAGUAGCACAAUCUCUCUGUGGAGAAGACCACAUUAUAAAAGGAGUUUCCGUUCAUGUUUCUAAUGCAGCGCCAAAGUCAGACGGCAUUAAUAAGAAUUUUAAUAAUCAAGUUAAUUCAAAUGUACGUGGUAGGGGAGCACCUGGACCGGUAGAAAACAAUGUACAGGGAAAUUAUCAGGGAAACAGAUAUAUGGGCCACUCGGGUAAUAACAUGGGCCCAAACGGUUGGAACAAUCCUGGUAACAGAGGUAAUUUGGAUAUGCCUAAUCUCCAAGCGUUAGGUAUUACUGGUCAAAAUAAUGGGGGAGGCGGUGGUGGUGGAUUAUCAAAUCCAUUAGCAAUGGGUGGGUUAAAUUUAUCCGCGUUACCAGUUAAUCCUGCAUUAGUAGCAGCCGCAUUAAAUCAAGCAUCCUGGGGACUGAUCGGUAAUCUUCAGAAUCAGGGAAACGAUCAAGGAUAUUCAAAUCAACCAGGGCCCCCAGGUCAACCGCCUUCAGGCAAUAACAGUAUUGGUAAUAGCGGUAAUUCUGGGUUUCUUAGUUGGAUGAAUCAAGGUGGCGGUGAUGGUAAUACAGGUAAUCCUGGUACUGGGGGUCCUGGUCCAAAUAAUCCUAAUGCUUCCCAGGGUGCUUGGCAAAAUCAUCCAGGUCAACGUGAUCAAAAGUCGAAUACAUUUCUCAAAUACGAGUAAACUUGGUCGGGACUCCGAGUCUACUCGUAAAAGGAGGGUGGUUUCCUUUAGUCCCGAAGUACUAACGUUAAAAAACAGCAAAGGUCAGGAAGUUAAUAAGGGUACAAAGCAAACGAUUUACAAAAAGAACCAAAGCUUUCAAUGACAUUAAAAUGACAAACAAAAAGAAAGAAAGAAAGAAAAAGGGGUGACUAUGUUGUAUGAUCGUGCGACGUGUAAUAUGUGGUCAGUUCAUAAUAGAUGCGUGUCGUAUGGUAUUUUCUAAUCAUUGCACGUCAUUAUUUCUCAAACAAAUAAAAAAAAAAAAAUAUAUAUAUAUAUAUAAUAUAUAUAUAUAUAUAUACUAUGAUCCUUUCACUCUUUUAUCAGCUUGAGAAAUUAGCACAAUAGCUUUCACGAAUGAUACGGCCUGCAUGUAUCUCUUACGGAUAGCUUUGAUCAUCUUUAAACGUGCAAACAAAUAUGUGUGGUCUUCUUUACGCGUGUGGAUUUCAUAUAUGAGUCGAG